GAUAUCAGAGCGUUGAAGGAUAAUUAUUCAAAGGUCUGCAAGAUACAUUGAAGGCCGAUAUACGGAUAAGUCCUCGUUCCAAACCAUGGCCGUCUCUGUUUUUUUGUCAACCAUGUGAGAUGGACAGAUGUCAAACACCCUUGCGGAUCUGUGGCUCAUACGAUGACUUCUCACAAAUACUUCAUCUCAACUUCGGAUCAACCCAACCUCAAUAUGAAGCCGAGGACGGAGAGCUAUGAAGCCAAGUCAACUCUUUCCCAAUGUCUUCUUUGUCUGUUGCCUUCUUAGGCUCUCCUUGGCAGUUGCACUUGGCAGGUACAGGCAUAAGGCAUAGGGCGUCGCGACGCCUUCCCAAUCAAAUUUGUGCUCGGACUUACGCCCUUCUCAAGGCUCGCAUGUAUUCUUGUUGAUUCUGUCGCUUCCUGUCCUCAUGUCUGUCCUCAUGCCAUUUCGACAUGCCCACCAUGGCGGAUCACAGUUUCAACCAGCAUAUAACAGGGUCCAGCCCACCUGUCCUCGGAACAAUGCCUCUCUCUAUAGACAUCAUACAUCACACUUUCACAACACAACCUAAUCCCCACGACAUCCAUCUCGCAACAUGGCCUCUCCGACCUCGGUCCUCUCCAAGACCUUGCAAAGCAUCACCCGCAGCAAGAUCCGCGAGUUGGAGUCCCGCCACAAGUCCUACGAAGCUCGCAAAUCCGACUUGCUUGCCCAGGUCGACGCGGCCACUGAGGAGCAAGAUCGACUGAGCCUUCUCCUGGACGCUUUCCGGGAACUGUACCCAGGGGCUCAUGGAGAUGUUUUACUUCACAACGUUGAGCGUUGGAUCGCUCAGUCCCGUUACGAUGCGUCCAUUCCCGUUUCCAAGCUGAUGAGCUUUGGCCGGGAGCUCCGAGAGAAACUCGAUCACCAGAGCAGAAGGUUGAACAUGGCUCAUCUGUACUCGCGGCUCUUGACAGAAUGGAUGGAUCAACCACCUGCAGUUUCAUCCCCUGCUGCGGCUGAUGAGGGGCUUCAUGAUUCCUUUGAACUUGUUGAGCGCCAGCGCCAGCGGCUGUCUGAACUUGUUGACAAGUUUGAAUCGGUCGUUUUUAAGCCUCUGGAGACGAGUGAUGCUGAGAUCCGCAAAUUCCUCGACCGUCUGUUCCCUGAUGAGAAGAGUCUGAAAGCCUUGGAAGAGCUUCGCAAAACUGUCGCCAUCGAAACUACGUCCUUCAUGUCCCAGGCUUCACCAUUCAACCAGAAGUCUCUCACUACUUGCAUCAACGGUCUCUUGACUGAGGAUAUUCUCAGCGAUGAAAAGCAAGCCAUCCUCCAGGACUUUCUGGGGAGCGAUGUCGCCCUAGCCGAGAUUGCCGACGUUUUGAACGCGCGUUUCUCUGAUAUCAAGCAAUGGCAGUGGGACGCCGGGAAGGACGGUAUCCGCGUCAUCCCUCGAGCGGGUUUGAAUGGCAAGUAUCGAGUGUGGGCCGACGACGAUAUCCUGCAAAUGAUUUUCGUCCAGUACAUAGGUGUGAGACUCUGCAACAUCAUCAAGCCAGCCCUGAAGAUUUUCAUGUGGGCCGUACGCCAGAGGGAUCUCGACACCAACACAGUCCCAACCGCAGCUGAGAGCGAGAGGCGCAGAUAUUACCUCAGUGAGUAUCCGACUUCGCAUAACGUUGAGGACAUGCGCAUGGAGGACUACAUGGAGACCUUCUUUCUGUCGCAGCUGCCAAGCACCGAAUCCGACAUGAACCGUUAUGACGACGACAGUGACGGGAACGAUGAUGGCAGUGUUCAAGAUCGUAACACAUCUACGUCAAAGAAAUCCAACAUCAAGCAGCAGCUUUUGCGACGUUUGACAACAGAGCUGCUUAUUCAUCGACUCCGCGGCGUGACUCUUGAAAACCGCCAUGAGGCCAGCAACCCUGUUGCGCUGGUUCAGACAGACUUGCAAUGGUACGGAACAGGUCUCUCUCACACCACCAUCUAUUCCCUGAUGCGAUAUAUUGGUUUUGGUCAGGACUGGAUCAGCUUUUUCAAGAAAUACCUCGAAGCCCCGCUCAACCUUGACAUGGCUUCCGACAACCGGCCCCAACUUGGGCCGCGCACUCGAAAGAGGGGUGUCCCCAUGGCACACGCAUCGGAGAAGUUGACUGGGGAGUUGGUGUUGUUCUUCAUGGAUAUUGCAGUCAACCGCGAGACUGGGAUUCUGCCAUACCGCUUGCAUGAUGACAUCUGGCUUCUGGGCGAGCCCACCAGAGCGGCCCAAGCCUGGGAGUGCAUGCAAUUGUUCGCCAAGGUCUUUGGUCUCGAGUUCAACAGGAGCAAAACUGGGUCUGUCUAUCUCCCAGGCGCCAGCAACAGGGACACUGAUGUUUCUGAUAUCUUACCGGCCGGGCCAGUCACCAUUGGCUUCUUGCAACUCGACCCAGAGACGGGACGAUGGACCAUCGACCAGAAGCUCGUCUUUGCGCAUGUCGACCAGCUGAAGAAGCAGCUUGACGAGUGCAAUAGUGUUCUCUCCUGGGUUCAAACCUGGAACAGCUGCAUUGGUCGGUUUUUCAGCCACACGUUUGGCGAGCCUGCCUUCUGUUUUGGACGGGAACACAUCACUGAGGUGUUGGACACGUACACCAAGAUGCUGGCGAGGCUUUUCCCUGCAGAGAACGGCGUGCAAGGCAGCGUGGUUGAGCACCUCAAGGCGAUUCUCCGCGACCGUUUCGGCGUCUCGGAUCUGCCUGAUGCUUUCAUCUUUUUGCCUGAGCAACUUGGCGGCUUGGGGUUGAGAAACCCGUUUGUGAGCUUGUUCUUGAUCCGCGACAGCAUCACGAAGACUCCGGAUGAGAUUCUCGACGAGUAUCUUGAGUGGGAGCACGCGUCAUACCUGGAGCGAAAGAAUGUGUUUGCAAAGGAAGACGACAAGUAUCGCUAUCGGCGUUUGGUGAAUAUCCUUUCCCCUGAAGAGGUCUCGGAGACAUCAGCUGUCAAGGAAUCGGAGCAGGAUGUUUUCUUCUCGUUUGACGAAUUCUGCCGGUUUCGCGAGAGGACACAGACAAAGUAUCGGUCUGUGUACGAGGAGCUUCAGACGGUUCCUCGCACAGAGGAUAUCCACUUGAGCGCCGACGUGAGCCGCAAGUUGAAGGCAUUCCUUGCCAGUGUUGAGAUUGACUCGGAGAAGAAGUGGUUCUUGCAGCUCUAUGCAGAGGAGUUGCUGCGGGACUUUGGAAGCCUGACUUUGGUCGACAAGCAAUUCCUGCCUGUCGGUGUGUUGGAACUGAUGAGAGGCAAAAAGGUCACCUGGAAGAUGGUGUUGUGAUGGGGGACUCGGGGCGCUUUGUGUGGGAAACCAUUAUGAAUUAAAACAGAAGGGUACUGUCGCUAUGAUGCGUUCCAAUACAUAUAUCCACACGCCUGCGCUUCCUCAUGAACCAAAAGGUCCGUUGUCUUUUAAAGCCCCAAAAUUAACCAUUGAAAAGCCAAAAACACUCGGGCCCCUUCGCGUCGUUACACCUUUCCAUCGGCCGCGUCGCGCUCCUCGUGCGAGUCAUAGCGCCCACGGAAGAGGUCGGCGGCAGCUGGGUGGACGAAACCUUGCCUAUACCAGAGUUUGUGCCCGAUCCAGAAGGCGGCAAACAAGAUGAGACUGAUGUAGGCGGCAAAAAAGUCGCUAGUCUUCCACUCGAUGAACACGGCGAAGCCUUGGGUCAAGGCGACAAGGAUGUUGAAAAAGAGACCGUACCACGCGGUGAACGGCUGGAACUUGGAGAUGUAGGGCAGGUCGGAAACGGGAACGUUUUGGGCCUUGAGCGCACGUCUGAAGCCAAUCAACGAGGCACAUGUGCUUCCCCAGGUGGUAAGACCGGCGACACCGCUGAUGUUGAGCAGCCAGUUGAAGGCCUCCUGACCUCCGGCGGGUGACAGGUUCAAAAAUCCGAGCAGGCCGAUGGCCGAGGUGACGGCCACGGCAUAGAUUGGAAUACCAUGCUUGUUGGUCUUGGUCAGGAUCUUGGGAGCAAGACCCUCCUCGGCGAGCGCAAGAAGCACACGGCUGCCCGAGUAGACGUUGGAGUUGGCAGCUGACAGCACAGCCGUCAGCAGAACGGCGUUGAUGAUGUGCGGCAAGACGGGGACACCGGCAAGGUCAGCAGCAACCACAAGAGGCGAGGCCUUGGCGUUAGUCGACCCGUUGUCAGCCUGGUCCUUGAGGGUUGGGUCGUUGGAUGGCACAAUCAUGCCGAGCAGAAAGAUUGUGACGACAAACAUGACCAUGAUACCCCAGAAGGUAGUCCGGAUGGCGCUUGGAACAGUCUUCUUGGGGUUGCGAGCCUCACCGGCAGCCACGCCGACAAGCUCAGCGCCCUGGUACGCAAACGAGGCCUGAAUCAUGACUGCCCAAAAGCCGACGAAUUUCCCGACACCACCCGACACCAAGUGCUCGACAAAUGGACCUUGUUCCCUCCAGUGCUUGAAUCCAAUCACGCCCUGCUGUCCGGCACCGGCAGCAAUGCAAAUGGCAAAGAUGAUAAAGCCGAGAAUGGUGAUGACCUUCAAACUCGACAGCCACAUUUCGAGCUCGCCAUAGAUGCCGACGGGGAGGUAGUUGACCAGCGUAAAGAUGACGAAAAAGACAGCGAUGAAAAUGCCAAUGUUUAUAUCCUCGUUCCAGUACUGAAUAAUCAAGCCCGAUGCACUGAGAGAAAGAGCGUACGUGAUAGCCCCUAGUUCAAACAAUGUCAGCAUUCACACCUCACCACACACCCAAGUAUCAACCCCCAAAAAACUCACAGCCAAACCAAUACAACCACCCAACCGCAAAACCCAAACUCGGGUCAACAAACCUCGUCGCAUACGUCGAAAAGGCACCUGCGGUAGGGAUAUACGUCGACAACUCGCCCAAGCUCACCAUGACCGACCACAGCAUGGUCCCAACAAACAGAUAAGACAGCAGACACCCCAGCGGACCAGCCUUCAAAAGCGCCGUGCCGCUGCCCAGGAAGAAACCCGUCCCGAUCGUACCGCCGAUGGCGAUAAAGUUGAGAUGCCUCGCCGACAGGGUCCUCUGCAGCUCUCCCUGCUGAUCCGAUUCUGCAUCACCGCCUGUCGGUCCCUUCUUCUCAACCGUCACACCUCCGUCCAUGACUCCCGAGUCGGCCGGGGACGGCCAUUCGUUUGCGUCCUUGACCAUUAUCGAUCACCUAUGUAGUUGUCGUUUCUUCCGUUGCUCCGGGGUUGGGUGGUGGGGGGCGGGCACACUCACCCGGCCGAAUCGGACCGAGCUGAUUUUUUUUUUGUGUGUGAAAGGGACUUGCGAAAAAGUCACAGGCCCUUUCUAACAACCACACAAAACAAAUGGUCGGCGCCAAAGAGAACGCGGGGAUAGGAGGGAUCGAAGCGGCACAACAAGCGGGAAAGGGAUUGGGAAAUCCAAAAAGAAAGAAUGGACGUGUGUGAGAAAAAAUGUGUUCUCGAUCGGCCCCGGGUGGAUACACCUUUCCCCGAGGGAUGGGUGACUCCUUGUUCGGGGAUUCUUGGGAUUCGUGAGUGGUUAAUUGGGUAUUUGUGGAGAGAGAGAACUGGAGAAUCUCGCUGAAAAGCCGGGAAACCCUCUUUUUUCUCUCUCGGUCAAAGAUCUCCGGGUUUCGGGAUGUAAAGUCUCGGGGUGUGGUUUAUAAACGAACGGAUAAGGUAGGGUAAUAAAAUAAAAAAGAAUGAAAGGCAAGACACCAAAGAAAAGUAUGCAACUCUAAUGACUACUACAAUAGGGAUGCAGUAGUUGGUCUUAGAGCCUUUUCUCUAAGCUUGUUUGGUCGGUUAUUACACCCCGCAGAGGAGGGAAG